AUGGCUCCUCGCAAGGCACUGGCUUUGGCAUUGCCGGCCGCAGGCCUUGUAGCGGCACCUUUGUUUGUCACCCCAGGCACCGUGCCUCGUGCAUCGCAGCCUGUCUCCAGCCAGCCGACCCAGGACACUCGCUCCGGCUCGGUCUCGGCGUUCACAGUGGCGGGCUCCGCAGCGGCGGUCGCUGUGGUCAGUGCUUCCACACGCACAAGGAGCGCGAAAGUGGUCAGACACUUCUUCGGCGGAGGUCAGACGUCAGCACCCUCCUUCGAUCCCGCAAAAGAACUCGGAGUACAAGAGCCCGUGGGUUUCUGGGACCCACUUGGGCUGAGCGCAGACAACGAUGAGGCCACCUUCAAGCGCCGACGCGCGGUGGAGAUCAAGCAUGGCCGCAUUGCGAUGUAUGCUACAAUGGGGUAUAUCGUGCCGGAGUACUUCAAGUUCCCGGGCUUUCUUUCCCCAUCUUUGGGCCUGAAGUUCAGCGACGUCCCCAACGGCCUGGCAGCGCUGUCAAAGCUGCCAGUUCUGGGCGGUGCUCAGAUCAUUGCUUUCUGUGGGCUCAUUGAGACCACUGGCUUCUUCCAAGCAGACUCCACCACAGGAGGGCGCGGGCCGCGCGAGGGCAAGUUCUCCAUGAAGGACUCCACAGAGAGUGGCGAGCCGGGAAACUACGGUGUUGGCUUCCCCACGUUCCUUGGCACGGUGGAUGACCCGGAAACUCGCAAGUCCAAGCUUGCAGCGGAGCUUGCAAAUGGCAGGCUCGCGAUGAUGGCGAUCAUUGGCAUGUUUUUCCAAGAUGGGCUGACUGGAUCUGCUUGGGGCGACUGGUCACUUUAUACAUCCUCCCCACUUCGGGCGGCGGAGGCUGAGGCUGAGGCCACGCCUCCUCCACCACCACCCUUUGACCCGCGUCUGGAAAUCGGCGUCUUGCCGCCCUUGGACUUCUUUGAUCCAGCUGGCUUCUGCCCUGCUGGUGACGAGGAGAACUUCAGGAAGCUGCGUGCUGCAGAGCUGAAGCAUGGCCGAGUGGCCAUGAUGGCUGCACUGGGAGCUUCGAUUCAGCACUACGUGCAAUUCCCUGGCUUUGACGAAGUUCCGACUGGCAUUGGUGCGGUGACCACUGCGCCGGGCACCUACGGCUUCGCUGCACUUUUCCUGGUCAGUGGAGUGCUGGAGCUUGCGCUGUGGACGGAGGACCCCAGCAAGGAGCCGGGCAACUUUGGCGAUCCGCUGAAUUUGGGCCAGUAUGACAUUGACAUGAGGAACAAGGAGCUGAACAACGGCAGAUUUGCCAUGUUCGCGGCCAUAGGCAUCCUGGUCGCCGAGCUGGUUACCGGAAAGGAUGGCAUCGAUCAGAUUGGCCUCGACACCCCUACCAUUUAA